GCGGGGCUCCCGCCCGCUGGACUCCCGGCGCUGCCCUUCCAGCCGCCUCGCCGCCCGGCCCGUCAGAGGGCCCGCGUGGUCCGCCUCCCGGAGCCGCGGGAAGCAGAGGGCCCCCGUGAGUCCAGGAGCGUCCAUCACCUUGGAGUGGAACAUGGGACUAGGAGAGCCCCUCCCCUCCCUGGCCAGUGCCCGCACGCCCUCACCCAGCAGGAGCCACCUCCAGCAGGAGCGCACAGCCUCCCGGAUGUCACCCCCGUGCAAAGUCUGAGCUUCUGGGCACACACGCACGAGAGGGAAAUGGGAAAAGUGGGCCUCACGUUCUGUGACAGGCUUGAUUUGAAAGAGCAUAUGCCAUGGUCCCAGAUGGAUUUGCGGGCGUGGGAAGCAUGUGGAAGGACGGAGCUCAAGCUGACAGAGGAGGCUGGCUGCUGAGCCAGGGCGUGUCUCCAGGAGGCCUGCCAGGCUGCAGGGUCCCACCUCGCCGCCAUGGGCCGCCCAGGCUGACCAGCCGGAUCCUGCUGGAGGCUCCUGAUGUCACUGGGGGAGACGAUGUCCAGGCCCCCCGAAUGCCUGCUGCGGCUGCUCCCAGGCGCCCCAAGGCAGCGGGUCUGCACCCUGUUCAUCAUCAGCUUCAAGUUCACGUUUUUCAUCUCCGUCAUGAUCUACUGGCACAUUGCGGGAGAGCCCCGGGGCCAAGGACCAUUCUUUAGCCUGCCCUCCAGCAUCCCCUGCCCCCACCUGGUCCCCCCGCCGCCGCCCCCUGGCACCCCACGUCCAGGCAGCAUCUUCUUCCUGGAGACGUCUGACCGGACCAGCCCCAACUUCCUGUUCAUGUGCUCGGUGGAGUCGGCCGCCAGGGCCCACCCCGAGGCCCGGGUGGCCGUGCUGAUGAAGGGGCUGCCCGGCGGGAACGCCUCCCUGCCCCGGCACCUGGGCCUCUCGCUCCUGAGCUGCUUCCCCAACGUCCAGAUGCUGCCGCUGGACCUGGAGGAGCUGUUCCGGGACACGCCCCUGGCGGCCUGGUACGCGGCCGCGCGGCGCCGCUGGGAGCCCUACUUGCUGCCCGUGCUCUCGGACGCCUCCAGGAUCGCGCUCCUGUGGAAGUUCGGGGGCAUCUACCUGGACACGGACUUCAUCGUCCUCAAGAACCUGCGGAACCUGACCAACGCGCUGGGCACCCAGUCCCGCUACGUCCUCAACGGCGCCUUCCUGGCCUUCGAGCGCCACCACGAGUUCAUGGCGCUGUGCAUGCGCGACUUUGUGGCCCACUACAACGGCUGGAUCUGGGGCCACCAGGGCCCGCAGCUGCUCACGCGGGUCUUCAAAAAGUGGUGCUCCAUCCGCAGCCUGCGCCAGAGCCACAGCUGCCGCGGCGUCACUGCCCUGCCCUCCGAGGCCUUCUACCCCAUCCCCUGGCAGGACUGGAAGAAGUACUUUGAGGACAUCAGCCCCGAGGCGCUGCCCCGGCUCCUCAAUGCCACCUACGCCGUCCACGUGUGGAACAAGAAGAGCCAGGGCACACGCCUCGAGGUCACGUCCCAGGCCCUGCUGGCCCAGCUCCAGGCCCGCUACUGCCCGGCCACGCACGAGGUCAUGAAGAUGUACUCGUGAGGGGCCUGCUGGGCCGCCCCCCCGCCCCCACCCCCACCCCAGGCAUCCUGAUGGAGAAGGGCUCUCAGCCACCCUUCCUGGGGAGACGGCGAGCAGGGAGGGCUCGGGAGGGGGAGACCUGAGCCGUCAUGGCCCGGCUCUGGGGCCGGCUGUGCUGAGGGCAGGGAGCUGUCAGCCCGGCAGGUGUAACUGGAGGACAGGCCGCAGCCCCUCUGCUCCCUCCCAGGUAGUGUGAGGCUGAUGGGAACACCCCUGAGGCCCGUGCACUGUCACAGGGUAGAGGUGACAAGUGCUGGGGGAGGGUGCCCAGCCAGAAUCAGCUGGAGAAGCCAGGUGAGCGCCCUGGGUCUUGGAGACCACGGGCAAGCCCAGCGAAUGGGAUGGCACCUUCCAGGGCAGCACGGGAAGCAGGCAGGAUGGGGCCGGAGUGCCCGGGGACGGGGGGGAGCACAGCGAGGCCCAAGGAAGAGGAGGCAGCGUGGGGAGGGGUGGGGCGCUGCGGGAGUUUGGGUUUCUUUUUCAGAGGGACCUGGGGAGCUCUUCCGGAGCUCUUCUUUCCAGGGAUGGUACAGGAGUGUCAUGGGCACGGGGGCUGGAGUUCUCUCGGCUCAGGAAAAGCAUUUUAAAGAAAACAGCCCUCCCCUGCCCCUGAUAAACACAGGAGAUAAUAAAUACAAUAAUAAAAGACUCACUGACAUGUAGUGGGUUUUGGUUGAUGAAAUGCAGCCAUCGCACAGCCCUCGCUAGCCUCCCUUUGCAGCCCGGCAUGAGGCUGGGGCUGGCAGUGACUUGCCUGAGGGCACACAGCCUGCCCAGGUCAGAGGGCCCAGGGACCCGACCGCUGGGCAGGCUCACAGGCCCAGUGCCGGAGAGUGACUGAGAUGGGGAAUGGGGGAGCCCGCUUUCCUAUGUCACUUUUCAAGGCUCACACACGGCCUGGCCCACCACCCCCUCAUGAGCCCAAAUCUGUUUGAACCUGAACUGAGCCAAAUGAGGAGCUCACCGAGCUUAGAGGAGCCCCAGGGAGGGGAGGUGCGAGGGUCCCUCCUGCCUCACCCUGGCCCUCUGGCUAAGAGCCUAGGAGAGACGGAAGUGCCAUGCUGGCAGCCACAGGGCUGGGCCAGGGGCAGAUCUGCUGCAGUCCCCAGCUGGCUUAUGUUAAGGAAAGGAGCUGUUGUGAGAGGGGGGCAUUCCGAGGGGCUGCAGAAGCCCUCCCCGGAAGACACAGGAUUGGGAUGCUGUCAAGACCUCUGGGGCUCAGUAGGGCUGCUCUUUGCAACACAGUGGGGGGUGGUGUUUACAGGCCUCCAGAUUCUGCCAGGAGGUCUUGGACAGCUUGGAGGUGAGAUCCCUGGUUCUAGGAGUAUUCAAGAGCAGGUGAUAUUUUUGUUGAAAACAAUGAACGUUGUGUCAGUUAA